AUGUGCAUUAGGUACCCAAAGACAAACACCUGUCUCAAAUCUUCUUCUCUCUAAUUCCCAUUUGUCGCCUGGUUAUAUACUUUUGUCUGCUUUUUUUUUUUGCUUCUUCUUUCAAAAUCAUUCAUUCUUUAAUCUCAAGCAAGAAUCAUUUAUCUGAGCAUCACCAAAUUCUUCUUCUUUUUUUUUUAAUUUAUAAUUCUUAUUUCCUUCAAGAACAAAAAAAACAAAUACUACAGUUUAAUACUUCAUCUCUCUACAGUUGUCUGUUUCUUUGUGCAUUUUGGCGAUGAAUGAAUCAAUGAUUGUUUCUUCUUCUUCUUACCUUUGAUCUAAUCGUUUCCACAAAAUAUUCUCUUGUCGCUUCUUUCUGAUUCUGAUCAUCCCCAAAAAAAAAAGGUUUAAUUUUUUUUUUUUGUUAAAUCAGAGAAGGGUUUUUGAGUAUAUAAAGCUUCUUACUUUGAUCCAAAAAUUCGUAAGUGGAAAAAUGGAAUCGUUGUUACCUUCUCCAUUUGGCGAUCCAGCUCCUAAUUUAUCUGAUUCGGAGCUCCGAGAAACCGCUUACGAGAUCUUAGUCGCUGCUUGCCGGACCACCGGAAGUCGUCCGCUCACUUACACCCCUCAAUCCCCCAAAUCUGAUCGGAGCAACGGUGUGACGACGGCGGGUUUAUCUCCAUCGCCGUCGCUUCAUAGAUCUCUUACGUCUACAGCUGCUAGUAAGGUGAAGAAGGCCUUGGGGAUGAAGAAACGAAACUGUGACGGAGACGGCGGAGGAGGAGCAUCGUCUGGUCAACCUGAUCGGAGUAAGAAAUCUGUCACGGUUGGUGAGUUGGUUCGUGUACAGAUGCGAAUUUCUGAACAGAUCGAUUCAAGGAUUCGUAGAGCUCUUCUUAGGAUCGCUUCUGGUCAGCUUGGGAGGCGUGUGGAGAUGAUGGUGUUACCUCUUGAGCUUCUGCAACAGCUUAAAGCUUCAGAUUUUCCAGAUCAAGAAGAGUAUGAAUCAUGGCAGAGAAGAAACUUGAAGCUUCUUGAAGCUGGUUUGAUAUUAUAUCCUUGUGUGCCGUUAAGUAAAUCUGAUAAAUCUGUUCAACAGCUUAAGCAGAUCCUCAGGUCGGGUCUCGAGAGGCCGUUAGAUACCGGGAAGAUUACAGGGGAGACGCAGAAUCUUAGGAGUUUAGUAAUGUCUCUUGCUAGUCGGUCUGACAACAAUGGGAUUGGUUCCGAGACUUGUCAUUGGGCUGAUGGGUUUCCCCUGAAUCUUAGAAUCUAUAAGAUGCUUUUGGAGUCUUGUUUUGAUGUGAACGAUGAGUUGUUGAUUGUUGAAGAAGUUGAUGAAGUUUUGGAGCUUGUCAAGAAAACAUGGCCUGUCUUGGGUAUGAAUCAGAUGAUUCACAACGUUUGUUUUCUCUGGGUGUUGUUUAAUCGGUAUGUUACAACUGGGCAAGUGGAGAAUGACUUGCUUGUAGCUGCUCAUAACUUGAUACUCGAAAUCGAGAACGACGCAAAGGAGACGAAUGAUCCUGUGUAUUCAAAGAUCUUGAGUUCUGUUUUAAGUUUGAUUGUGGAUUGGGCUGAGAAGAGACUUCUUGCUUACCAUGAUACUUUCAACAUUGAUAACGUCGAGACGCUUGAAACUACAGUUUCUUUGGGGAUUUUGGUAGCUAAAGUACUAGGUGAAGAUACUUCUAGUGAGUAUAGGAGGAAAAAAAAGCAUGGUGACUCAGGUCGUGAUCGUGUCGAUACCUAUAUCAGAUCUUCAUUGCGUAUGGCCUUUUCACAGACUAAGAGGAUGGUGGAACAUAGCAAGAAAUCAAAAUCCCGUCAGAACAGUAGCAAUCUUCCGGCUCUUGCGAUUCUUGCGGAGGAUAUUGGUCAUUUAGCUUUCAACGAGAAGGCGAUAUUUAGUCCAAUCUUAAAGAACUGGCAUCCUCUUGCAGCUGGUGUAGCUGCAGCUACGCUUCAUUCAUGCUACGGAACUGAAUUGAAGAAGUUCGUGUCUGGUAUUACUGAGUUGACGCCGGAUGCUAUAAGAGUACUCACCGCUGCAGAUAAGCUUGAGAAGGAUCUGGUGCAGAUUGCGGUUCAAGAUGCAGUAGAUAGUGAAGAUGGCGGGAAAUCAGUUAUAAGAGAGAUGCCUCCUUUUGAAGCUGAAGUCGUUAUUGGCAACCUUGUGAAAUCAUGGAUCAAAACUAGAGUCGAUAGGCUUAAGGAGUGGAUUGACCGGAAUCUCCAGCAAGAGGUAUGGAAUCCGAGAUCGAAUAAACUUGGUAUCGCUCCUUCUGCAGUUGAUGUACUGAGGAUGGUAGAUGAGACAUUGGAAGCGUUUUUCUUGUUGCCAAUACUAAUGCAUCAAGUUUUACUUCCUGAGCUAACGUCAGGUCUCGACAAAUGUAUGCAGCAUUACGUAUCAAAGGCGAAAUCUUCCUGUGGCUCGCGGAAUACGUUUCUACCUGCCUUGCCUGCUUUAACAAGAUGCACGGUCGGGUCAAGACUACAUGGUGUAUUUAAGAAAAAGGAGAAGCCAAUGGUAGCUUCUCACAGGAGAAAAUCACAGCCUGCGUCGAGUAAUGACUCGGCAGAAAUAAUUCAGUUCUGUUGCAGAAUCAACACUCUGCAGUAUAUUAGGACAGAGAUCGAAUCAUCAGGGAGAAAAACAUUGAACCGUCUCCCAGAUUCCGAAGUUGCUUCUUUGGAUGGUAACGGUAAAGUCUUUGAACAGUCCAUUGGUUAUUGCUCGAAAGGAAUACAGCAAUUGUCCGAAGCAACUGCUUACAAGAUUGUCUUCCACGAUCUGAGCUACGUUCUCUGGGAUGGUCUGUAUAUCGGGGAAGUUCCUUCCUCGAGGAUCGAGCUGUUUCUUCAAGAGCUCGAACGGUGCCUUGAGAUCAUCUCCUCAACGGUUCAUGACAGAGUCAGAACCAGAGUCAUUUCAGACAUCAUGAGAGCUUCUUUCGACGGGUUCUUAUUGGUCCUCCUCGCAGGUGGACCAUCACGUGGCUUCACAGUUCAAGACUCUGCUGCUGUGGAGGAGGAUUUCAAGUUUCUGUGUGAUCUUUUCUGGUCAAAUGGAGACGGAUUGCCUUUGGAUUUAAUCGAGAAGGUUUCGACGACGGUCAAGAGUAUACUUCCGCUGCUGCGCACUGAUACAGACUCUUUGAUUGAACGUUUUAAAGCUGUGUGUCUCGAGAAUCAUGGUUCUGACAGAGGGAAGCUUCCACUACCGCCGACUUCUGGUCCGUGGAGUCCAACGGAACCAAACACACUUUUAAGAGUAUUGUGUUACCGUUAUGAUGAGUCUGCUACUAAGUUUCUGAAGAAGGCUUAUAACUUGCCCAGGAAGCUAACCUGAGAACUAUCGAGAGUUGGGAACUUGAAACAGGUGGUGAUUAUAGUUGUAUACGCCGGUUUAGUUUGAAAUGUGGGAUACUGUAUUAUUUUUGGUUAAGCGGCUAACCGUUUGGUAUUGGCAAAUUAAAUUACUUGUACACAAGAAAGUAGAAACCCUUUAGUGAAAUAUUCGUCUUUUGUACUAAUCAAAGCUUGUGGGCUUUUGUAGUUUACAUGUUGUCAACUGUUAUAAUUUUGUAUAUUUAAUACCUUUGUUUUUCAUCA